CUGCUGUUCACUUUGGCAUCAACAAAAGUCUAAUUAGCAAAUGGAUAGGAGACUUGAAAUCUCAGCUUGACAAUCUUAAAAACUAUAAGUCUUGUCAUGUUGGUGCUGAUAGAAAAGAGUUUUUUCUUGUUGAAGAAAAACAACUUUUUGCCUGGUUUCUUCAGAUGCAUGAGUCUGCUUUAGCCAUUACCUAUAAUAGUCUCAAGAUUGAAAUGUUAAAAAUUGUUACUGAAACUUUUGAUAUGAUGGGAAAUCUUAUAGUUGAUACAAUUGGCAAGAAAACAAUUUAUAUUUGUACUACUGGCAAGCAGUGGCCCAAAGUUAAAGAUGUACUUUCUCCCCCUCCAAAUAUCAAUAUCUCUUUUUACGAAAAAGGCUGGAUAGACAAAGAAGGGAUGAUGACUUGA